AACCAGCCUGACCAAAUAUCUCCCUUUGCUUGAGGCGCCAAUGAAUCAGAGAGUGACUUGCAAACUCCAAGUUAAAACAGUGGAUCAUGAACGGAUUCCUGAGCGGCUUCGAUUUGCAUCACCGACUGUUUUGUGUCGCAGGUGGCGUUACAGCUGUUGCUGUAUCAGUUGUCAUCGUCAAGAAACUAUGGCCUAGAAAAAAGACGACCUACCCCCGUGACACUGUCAUUCUCCACCAGAUAGGGAGGGGACCCUACGCCCCAAGCUUAUCUCCGUAUAUCGUACUUGAGACGUACCUCAGGAUGGCAAAAAUACCUUAUCAGGUUAGUCAUGGAAUGACUCCAUCUCCGAAAGGAAAAUGGCCUUGGAUCGAAUACAACGGGGAAGUUGUGGCCGACUCAGAACUAUGCAUUGACUUUCUGAACAACAAGUUCACCAAAAUUUGAACAAUCAUCUAACGCCAUUUGACAGAGCCGUGGCCUUGACCGUGAGGAUCACGAUGGAGGAACAUGCAAUUUUGUAAGUGGACCAGGGAGAUACAGUGAUGAAUGAGUGAGUGAGUUUGGUUUUACGCCGCUUUUAGCAAUAUCCCAGCAAUAUCACGCUUUAAACACUAGGCUACCCGGCCGCCCCUUACAGUGAUGAAGGCACGGAUGCGACAGUGUUUAAGUGAUAUGACGGCGUGUCAGCUCAAUGUUGGUGGAAAUCACAAAGUAAUGCAGGUUUAUCACUCUUGAGAAAUCCACUGUCACGGGUAGGGUGCUGACAAACCAAGAAUCAUAAUCAGGGCGAAUCUGGGAUUCAACCCCAUGAUUAUAAGGACGCUGGUACCUUUCAAGACCCGUGAAGAUCCGGGAUAGAAUAGGUCUUCACCAACCCAUGCUUGCGCGUAUGAGGCGACUAUGCCAAUCGAAUCGGGUGGUCAGGCUCGCUGACUUGGUUGAUGCAUGUUAUUUCAUACCAAUAGCUUGGAUCGACGCAUAUGAUGUCAAUCACCGGAUUGUUUUGUCCAGACUCGAUUAAUUACAGACCGCCGUCAUACAGUUAGAAUAUUGUUGAGUGCGGCGUUAGACAACAACCAAACAAACAAACAGAGACAAAACUCGAUGAACGAAUGGGCCACCCUUGCUUCAACUGAGAUGCAGUUUAGAACACCUACACGUAUUACAUUUAUCAUCACAACCUCAUAUCCAAUGCGUUAUGUCUCCAAUUUAUUUAAGAAUUGAACGUCAGUUUGAACUCGCAAGCUCGGAGGUUCACACAGUUUAACCAGCGCUUUUAAAUCGUUCACACUUCAAUGAACCCAUCCAAACUGACGUUCAAUUCAUAUAAUUUGAUACUUUGUAGUUUACUGGUCUCGCCGUAUAAUAUCGUAUCAAUGUU